GGAGGGAAGGGAGCUAGAGAGGAAAGCAGGCAGGCUAGAAGGCGGGUGCGGGGACGGAGAUUGAGGCAGUAGAGGGAGGCGAGAGCCUUGCAGCUUCUUCGCGCUGUUUGCUGCGCGGGCUUUGGAGGGGUACUCGUGGAGUCUGUAGAGGAAAAGCAGGCACCGGUGGCGUUGGUACUGGUGUCUGGGGGCGGGGGACUGGGGAGGCGAGAAGGGGGGUUGCUGCGGUGGUUCUCCCGCUGUUGCGCUCUCCUUUCCUCACUCCCGGCUCGGUGGGCUCCUCCCGGCGUAUCUGUCGCCUCCGGGGUCCCGCUUCCCGCCCCCCGCGGUAUGUCUUGAUCCCGAGCAGCGGGUUUCAUGGGGCUCCUCAGGAUUAUGAUGCCGCCCAAGUUGCAGCUGCUGGCGGUGGUGGCCUUCGCGGUGGCGAUGCUUUUCUUGGAGAACCAGAUCCAGAAACUGGAGGAGUCCCGGUCCAAGCUAGAAAGGGCUAUUGCAAGACAUGAAGUGAGAGAAAUUGAUCAGCGACAUACAAUGGAUGGCCCGCGGCAAGAUGCAGCUUUAGAUGAGGAAGAGGACAUGGUCAUCAUUUAUAACAGAGUCCCCAAAACUGCAAGCACCUCUUUUACCAAUAUCGCCUAUGACCUUUGUGCAAAGAAUAAGUACCAUGUCCUUCACAUCAACACUACCAAAAAUAAUCCAGUGAUGUCACUACAAGAUCAGGUGCGCUUUGUUAAAAACAUAACUUCCUGGAAAGAAAUGAAGCCAGGGUUUUAUCAUGGACAUGUCUCGUAUUUGGAUUUUGCAAAAUUUGGUGUGAGAAAGAAGCCAAUUUACAUUAAUGUGAUAAGAGAUCCCAUUGAGAGACUAGUUUCUUACUAUUACUUUCUGAGAUUUGGAGAUGACUAUAGACCAGGGUUACGGAGACGAAAGCAAGGAGAUAAAAAGACCUUUGAUGAAUGUGUAGCUGAAGGUGGCUCGGAUUGUGCUCCAGAGAAGCUCUGGCUUCAAAUCCCAUUCUUCUGUGGCCACAGCUCGGAAUGCUGGAAUGUGGGAAGCAGGUGGGCUAUGGAUCAAGCCAAGUAUAACCUAAUUAACGAAUACUUUCUGGUGGGAGUUACUGAAGAGCUUGAAGAUUUUAUCAUGUUGUUGGAGGCAGCUUUGCCCCGUUUCUUCAGGGGUGCUACUGAACUUUACCGUACAGGAAAGAAAUCUCAUCUUAGGAAAACUACAGAGAAGAAACUCCCCACUAAACAAACCAUCGCAAAACUGCAGCAGUCUGACAUUUGGAAAAUGGAAAAUGAGUUCUAUGAAUUUGCACUAGAGCAGUUCCAGUUUAUCAGAGCCCAUGCUGUUCGAGAAAAAGAUGGCGACCUCUACAUCCUCACACAAAAUUUUUUCUAUGAAAAGAUUUACCCUAAAUCGAACUAAAUACAAGGUGUGACUGUUAGAUUUUUUUAACUAAAACUUUGAUCAUGUCUAUCACCUUAGUUCUAAGCUUCACAACCUGGAAUGUUUUUAGGUGUUUAAGACCAUUUGUGUUAACCUGAGUUAUGAAAUAGACAAUGAUGUCAAGGAAAUGGAUGCUAGCUGCUAGGUCAGUGUUUUAAGAAGUUUAAGUUUCAGGGUUUUUUGUUUGUUUGUUUGUUUGUUAAAUUUUAGUGGGAGUUAUAACCUCCCACCUUGGGAAAAAAAGCUAUACUACUUCUUAAAAUAUAAACAUCUAGCAGGUCUAAUCAAAAGGCUAAAUACAAUGUCAGGAAAGUUUCUGGUACUCUGUUUUUUGAUAAAGCAUUUUUUGAAUUAACCAUAAGUGAAGAUGAAUUCAUUUUUUACUUCACCUGGAGGUUUGAAUAGUGUUAAUAACUGGUUGGCAGUGUGUGCUUUGUUUUUGUGAAUCAUGUCCCAUGAAAUUUAUUGGAAUGUCAGUCCUGUUUGCUAAGAAAUGUACCUGCUGUAGUUGGGUUUACCCAUUGUUAUGUAGGUUGUUUUAAUUUUCAUAAAGAAAAAUGCUUAUUAGUGUUAAAAGCCAAUUUAAACCAUUACUGAUACUGUAAAAAGAUAGUCAAAGCAGUAUUUCUCAUUCCUGUCUCCCAGUAUCUAAGUUUGGGAAGACACUUCAAAGAAUGUUGACAUUGCCUGAAGUUUUAGUUAAGACUUCCACACAGUGAUAU